AUGGCCUCUAGGUCAAAUGCCAAGUCUUUUAGUAACUACCUCAAUAUAUUAGCUCGUGAGAAGAUUUCUAUCUUAGUUCAAGCUUGGGAUCAUACAGAUGUUGUAGAACCAGAUGUGCUAUCAGGGGAGGACAAAGACUAUCCUCUCAGGUGUGAGUUUUAUGUUGAAGACACUAACUUCCCCCAAUUGGUGGCGUUAGGGGAGUAG